AGCGGAUUGCCGAAGAGAUAGCACAACUUACGAGGAGUGGUCUCGAGGAAGAACGAUGACACAUGGUUAAAAGGACUACGACGGAGGGUGCUACGCAACUAGAGCACUAAUUAUUUUUGAGAAUGCAUGGAAUUACUUAAAAACAAGUGAGCAUCUUUGACUUUUUGAUCAUCUUUCUAAUCUAUCAAAAUUAUAUCCAAUAAAAUAGAUGGCCUUAGUUUCUUCACCAGUUGCCGAUGGCGAUGGAGCUUUCGAUGGGACGAGGAGGAGAGGGGGUCACACUCCCUCCACCUCCUCCACAGGCACCUUGGUGUCCGACGUCGGAUGGCGUGUCCUCUGCUCUGCAAGUAGCCUCUCAGAAAAGGUUGCCGAAAAGUUAGGCUACGACAAGUGGCUUUAUCUUGGUCGUGAUUUCAAUGGGAGAAGUGGGCAAGAGCUAUUGGAAUUGGCUAGCGGACCAGCCGGGAGGACGAAUUUUGCUUCUGGUGAGGAUUCUCAUUCUGGUGUACAACAAGCACUACAACAUCUUCCCGAAACACAAAACCAAGUUGUAGACCAACAAGUACUGUGUCAAGAGCAAUUCGACAAGUAUAUGGAAUGCUCUAAGAAAUUUUCCAUGACGGUCGAUAUGAUAGACUGUGAAGACAUCCAAUACAUUUUCCAGAAAUGUUUGAAAGAUACUAGGGCUGCAACUGAGGGAGCAGAGGGAGUGGAAGGGAAGGAGAAGGCCCGAGAUGUCUAGCGAUGCAAUUUCGUAGCUAGUUGUACUCCGUGUCUAGAUGACAGAUGUACGUAGCUAGUACUAUGUCUAUGCGUAUGCAGGUCUUGCCUCAUGCAGUAACUGUUGAAGUUGAAGAAGAUUCUUAAGGAUUCACUUACUGACGUCCUACUU